UAGCGAGGGACGCACUCGUAUAACAAGGUGUGAAGUAACAAUAUUCUUCGAUUGUGUUUUGUUCUCUCAAGUGUCAAGUCCCAUCUAAGAUCCGAGCUGUUCAAACUGCAAAGUAUCUUAUGAGUACACCAAGUUGGAUUCAAGAUUUGAACUUUGAAACGCGAUUCAACGGAGACGAGACAGAUUAUUGAUUGAUUGAUCAUCAAUCCCUAACAAUCUUAAUCUCAGCAGUCAAACAAUUCUCCAAAUCCCCUUUUUUGAAAUUUCAAUCCCUAUUCUUCCACUUGCACCCAUCAAAGAAUCUUCCUUUACUGUUUUCAAUUCCAAUUAUAUUAAUACUCUUUUGAAAAAACUAUUUUGCCCGUUUUUAACCCCUUAAAAUAUAGAGUAAACCCACCUGAAUUAUCCCGAAUUUUUCCACAAAUAUGGUGAAAUUCAGGAUUUUGAAUCAUGGGUUUUCAUUGUUUUUGUUUAUGUUAGUGUUCCAAUCUCCAAUUUGUGAUUGGGGUGUAGAUGCUAGAAGAACACAAUCUACUGAAGAUGCAUACGUAACUUUAUUAUAUGGAGAUGAGUUUGUUUUGGGUGUUAGAGUUCUUGGGAAGUCAAUUCGUGAUACAGGUUCCAAAAAAGAUAUGGUGGUUUUAGUCUCUGAUGGUGUUUCUGAUUAUGCCAAGACCCUUCUAGAGGCUGAUGGUUGGAUAAUAGAGAAGAUUUCGUUGUUGGAGAAUCCUAAUCGUAUUCGUCCAACAAGGUUUUGGGGUGUUUACACGAAACUCAAGAUAUUCAACAUGACCAAUUAUAGAAAGGUUGUGUAUCUUGAUGCAGAUACAAUUGUGAUCAAGAGCAUUGAGGAUCUUUUUAAAUGCGGGAAGUUUUGUGCUAACUUGAAGCAUUCUGAAAGACUAAACUCGGGAGUCUUGGUUGUUGAACCUUCUAGAACGCUUUUUAAUGAUAUGCUCAGGAAAGUUAGUACUUUGCCUUCUUAUACUGGAGGGGAUCAAGGGUUCCUGAACUCAUAUUACGGUGGGUUUGCUGAUGCCCAUUUAUUUAAUCCUAAUUUGUCAUCUGAAGAAUUAAAGUCUAGACCAACACCAGAAAUGGAGCGCCUCUCUACUCUUUACAAUGCUGAUGUUGGUCUAUACAUGCUUGCUAACAAGUGGAUGGUAGAUGAGAAAGAACUCCAUGUUAUUCAUUAUACCCUUGGUCCUUUGAAACCAUGGGAUUGGUAUACAGCUUGGCUAGUGAAACCUGUUGAUCUCUGGCAGGACAUUAGGCUGACGAUUGAGGAAUCUCUACCUGGAACUGGGGGAGGAAGAAAUCCUCAAGAUGAACUUUGGGUCAAAGUUCUUUUUCUGCUUCCUUUUCUUGGUCUCAUCUUUUUCUACUAUCGCUCUUUUCUUCAGGUUUUCGAGUCUUUUGGCUUACUUUGUAGGGCAUCAAUGUGUGAUCGCAUGAGACACCUUGCUCUUAGAUUUAGAACGUGUACUUUGCAUCCAUUUGCUACAGUGUCUCCUUCAUCAGCUUUGAACUCCAACCAACAGUUCUAUAGUGGCUUGCUAUCCAAGGUACCUUGGUUUCUCGGAGGAAUGUCUAUCUCUGUGUGCCUUCUAUCUGCUGUUGUCGCACUCGGAUUGGCUUUCCUGAUGGUUCCACGGCAAGUGCUCCCUUGGACAGGAUUGGUACUUAUGUACGAAUGGACUUUUACCCUCUUCUUCCUACUCUUUGGAGGCUAUUUACGGCUGGUUUACCAAUGGGGUAAAAUUAAAGCUACACAGGCAGCAUUGUAUUCUUCCGAUCCCGAGUCUUUAGAUUAUGAUUAUAGGAAAGGUCAUCAGCGGCAGGUGUCAUCUUAUGAUGCUGCAGUGCUGUAUUAUGGAUUGGGAAUGGCUUUUCUUGCAAUUAUAGCACCAUUGUUACCUUACCUUUUGGGAAUUACUGCUUUGUUUGUGAGACUAGGUUUGAUGGUUGUUGGAGGCAUUGUUUUGGCAACUUUUAUGGCAUACGCAUCGGAACACCUCGCAAUUCAAUCCUAUAUAAAAGGGCUUGAAGACUGAUACGCCCAUGGGUGACAUAGGUGUCGGUUUUGUAAGUUCGACUAAUUUUUUCCGUUUUGUGAUUCAUCGAACAAGACGUUUUGUAUCAUUUCCAUUUAUUCUUAGUAAUUGUAGAUAUUUUGUUGAUUAAUUCCAUCCUUGCUUAAUGUUGGUGUAAUCUACAAUCUUGUAGAAUUUCAGCCUUUCUGGCAAAAUAAUUAGUUGUAGAUAUUGCUGUUUUUAGUUGGAAAUGUACAUGAAAUAUGACGGGAAUGUUGUAAUUUCUAACCUAUUAUUUAGUGGAGAACCGGUUUUAUCCUACUUGGAACAAA